CUAGCGUUGGUAGGCAAAGAUGGCGGCGGGGUCCGAUUUGUUGGCUGAUGUUUUCUCCAACAGAGCGGUGGACAAAAAAGUAGUAAGUGAGGUAGUGAGAGCCUUUAAUACCCUGUUAAGAGGAGCAAUUUGCGCUAACUUGACGUCUGGGAUUCAAUUAGCAAAAAAUCAUUUUUGUGGUUUAACUGUAGUCGGUAGUUUCAAUGUUGAGGGUAGUAAAUGAGAUUUUGACUCUAUAAAGCAGUUGCUCGACACUUCCCUUGUUGCCAUAUGUUUCCGCCGCGGUAGCGACAGGAGUUGCUGAAGGUGUCAGUAAUUGUUCGGGGGUCCCACGGUCGGAGCAUGGAGGGGACAGCUGGGAUCACAUCGGCCGCUGAACCAAUCACGACUGCCGCGCAGAGUCACUUCGGUUCACUGACAACAAGCGGAGCAGUUACAGGAGCAUCAGGUGCAACAGCUGGAGCUGACAAACAACAAGCGACUGGUGCUCCAGCUUUGGAUGGAAACGGCGCGGUGAUGAACUGUCACAUCCCCGGAAGCGGGCAGUCAGAUAGCUCUCAGACAGCUGCUGUGAAUGGACCCGCUUCCUCAUCUCCUGGUUUUAUUAUUCGAACUUCUCUGAGUGCACAAAAUCCUUCGACCUCAUCUGGGAGUUCGUCUCAGCCUGCUGAGAAAACUGUUCCCACAGUGGCGCUUGUAAGACCACCACCUAUGCAAACUUCAGCUAACGAGUCUCAAAGUACAGAAUGCCCAAAUACAGUCGUAUCAGGGAGCGGUAGUGUUUCCUGCAAAACUGAACCCACUAAAAGUAUAACUCAAGCCGGUGCUCAGGUCCUGCCUUCGGGUGUUUUGACUGCGACCAUGAGGAAUCCGACUGUUCUGCAAAACAUGAGGACUACAUUGUCGUCAACGAUCAGUGCCGCUCCGCCAGCAGGAAUACGGACCAUUGCUCCACAGGUGUUGGCUCCUCGACUCACUCAGCCUCAACAAAACGCCACCAGUAUCCAAAACAUCCAAAUCCCUGCAGGCAUGGUGUUGGUUCGCAGUGAGAGUGGGCAGCUGCUGAUGAUUCACCAGCAGACUUUGGCUCAGAUGCAGGCUCAGGCACAGUCACAAAGCGCAACGACGCCACGACCUGCAGCCCCCACUAGCACUCCACCUGUCCAAGUCACGUCUCUUCAGACUCCAGGAGGUCCUCUGCUGGCUCGCUCCGUAACCCCGACGACCAUCAUCAAACAGGGUUCUCCAGUUCAAACCACAGUUGCAACCACAACCACCCUCCAGAGACCUCCUGUUCUGCAGAAUACCAUCAUACUUGGAGGAAAUGCCACUUCCACGGGACAAGCUCUUGGCACGCCAACCACAGUGCAGGCAACGGCAGCAGUAACUCAGAGGGUGGGGCCCCUUGGGGCCACUGGGGUGCCUGUCACUCCAACAGCCAUCACAGCUGAAACACUGGAGAAUGUGAAAAAGUGUGGAAACUUUCUGUCUACACUCAUCAAGUUAGCAUCCAAUGGAAAACAGUCAUCUGAGACUACAGCCACUGUCAAGGAGCUUGUUAAGAAUUUGCUGGAAGGAAAGAUGGAGCCUGAAGAUUUCACCAGCAGGUUGUACAAGGAGCUUAAUUCUUCUCCUCAGCCAUACCUUGUACCUUUUCUUAAGAGAAGUCUUCCGGCGUUGCGCCAAAUGACCCCAGAUCCCGAGGCCUUCAUCCAGCAAAGCCUGCUGCCCCAGUCGAGCGGCCAGUCAGCUGCAGCAACCUCUCCAGCCCUCGGCGCUGUGGUUCUGCGUCCUUCUCUUUCGCCUGCAGUCAGCUCGGCCACAGGAUCUACCACGACCAAGGCCACAGUCAUCACCCUCUCUCAGAAAGCCAACAGUAAACCCGGACUGGUUGUGGCCCAGCAGCCGGUGAGGCCACAGGUGACCCUGGCUCAGUCUCCUUUGGUAACGAUCAGAGGAGCAGCUCCCAGCCGCAUCAUUGUGGGUCAACCACAGAUGGUCAGACACAUUCCACAAGGUUCUGUGGUGAAGCAAAAUGUGGCUCCAGGGACCAGAGGAGUUCAACUACUCAACCAGGCAUCCCUCGUCGAUGCUCAGAGGAAUAGGCUAAGGGAAGCAGGAGGGGGAACAUUCAAGGAUGAUGAUGAUAUCAACGACGUGGCUUCCAUGGCAGGGGUCAACUUGUCCGAGGAGAACGCCCGCAUCAUGGCCAGCAGCUCUGAACUUGUUGGCAUCGUGACUCGGUCCUGUAAGGACGAGGCUUUCCUCUCCAUCUCCCCUCUUACCCGGAUAGUUCUGCAGAUUGGUAAGAAGUUUGGUGUCAGUGAAUUGGGCACCGAUGUGAUCAACUACAUUUCCCAUGCUACACAGCAGCGACUGCAGAACCUGUUGGAAAACGCUUCACAAGUUGCACAACUGAAGAAUUUAAAUUUUAAGGAGGAGGAGCGGUGUGAGCAGGUCAGCGACGUGCGAGCUCAACUCAAAUUCUUUGAGCAGCUGGAUCAGAUGGAGAAGCAAAGGAAGGAGGAGCAGGAGAGAGAGAUCCUGCUGAAGGCUGCCAAGUCUAGGUCACGGCAAGAAGACCCAGAGCAGCUCAGACUGAAACAGAAGGCCAAAGAGAUGCAGCAGCUGGAGUUGGCUCAGAUCAGGCAGAGAGAAGCCAACCUAACGGCGUUGGCAGCAAUCGGCCCGAGGAAAAAACGGAGAACAGACUCCCCUUUAAGCGGUGCGAGUGCAGAGGGUUCGGGGUUGGGUUCCACCCAGCCUGGAGGCUCCAGUGGACAGGGCUCUAGACAGUUUAUGCGCCACCGCAUCACCAGAGUUAACCUCCGGGACCUGCUCUUAUGUCUGGAGAAUGACAGAGACUCCAGUCACUCCCAGCUACUCUACAAAGGUCUCCUCAAAUAAAAGCUGGAUUGAAGUGGCUAUUGACACGCAGAGGUAUUAAUAAAACCUACCUGAUGGCCUUUUGCUUUA